AGUGGAAGGUGUCUGUGCCCAGGGCAGGGGAGUGCAACGAGAUGAGCUUCUGAAGUCCUCUCCAACCCAGAGCAUUCUGUGGUUCUGUUCCUGAGCUGUGUGUGUCUCUGAAGCCAAAUAUGCCCACGUGUGUUUGGAGGAACCUGAGGCAUUAGGUGAGCCCUGAUACUUUCAGGUGUCCUGAGUGAGAAAUCAUUGAGGUAGAACAAUUAAAUGAGGCACAGCUGGGAAGAGCAGAAUGCAGAGAAAUGCACUGGCUGUGCCCAGGAGCAGCAGCUGGUGCCUGGCACACAGGUGAGGGGGAUAACCUGGGACAGCCAGGGCAGAGCUCCCAGGCUCUGUCUGGAGAGGAGAGUGUUCUGUCUGGGGGCAGCAUGGAUGCUUUUGUGCCAGGGAGCUCACUAAAGAAAAAUCCAGUUUAGAGGCAUGUGUUACUGCUGCACUGUGUUUCCUUUUCACCUGUCAGCCCCUCUGGGUAGUGCUGGGAAGCUGCAGUUUAGAUUUCCAUAAAUUUCCCUUUAUGUCUUAAAGGUCCCAUUUAAGGAAUCAGUGCUGAAAAGGUGCAGAUUCAUGCCUGACACCAGAGGGGAGAGAAUGAGGAAGCUGCAAGCUCUGUAGUUAAUUCAAUUCAGAUUUUAGGUGGAUCAGGACACAGAAUUAAUUAAAAGCCCCUCUUCCCCCCCAUUUCAGGCUGCAAGGUUUGUUGUAACCUCGCUUGGCACCCUCUGGAGGGUUAAAGGAGCCAGGGAUCUGUAACAGAGCAGCUCUCUUUGCAAAGGCCCUGAGCACUUCUGACCUCAGGGCUCCUGGGAGACCUAACUGGAGACACAGAAAAUGCUCUGAACGUGACCUGGACAACACCUGCUGGAACUAAACCUGCCCAAAGCAACUCCCCCUUCAGCCAGGGCCUGUUUGUGGUGAGCAGGGCAGCCGUGCAAGGCAUGGGCUCGGAGAGCAGCGCUUUGAAGAGCUACAGCCUGGAGGAGCCGCCGGUGACGCUGCGCAGCGGGAGCACCAUCCACCCGGCCGUGCUGCAGGAUGGCACCCGCGCCUCCGUCUUCGUGUACCGCAGGGACAGCCAGGACAAGGUCAACAAAGCUGCCAAGCACCUGAAAACCUUGCGGCACCCUUGCCUCCUGCGCUUCCUCUCCUGCACCGUGGAAGCCAACGGGAUCCACCUGGUCACGGAGCGGGUGAAGCCCUUGGAGAUGGUCCUGGAGAUGCUCUCUGCUGCAGAAAUCUGUGCAGGCAUCUACGAUGUGUUGCUGGCACUCAUCUUCCUCCAUGACAGGGGAAACCUAACUCAUAACAACGUCUGUUUGUCAUCCGUGUUUGUGAGUGAGGAUGGGCACUGGAAGCUGGGAGGAAUGGAAACAGUCUGUAAAUUCAGUGAAGCCACCCCAGAGUUCCUGCGUCAUGUGCAGUCGGUGCGAGACCAGUCGUGCAUCCCCUGCGAGGAGAUGUCUGCAGACUUCAAAAUCCUGCCCAGCAGCUACGGGCAUGCGAGGGACGCCUACGCCUUUGGGACAACAGUUGAGAAUCUCCUGACAGUUCUCAAUGAUCAGGUUUCAGCAGAUAUUCUCUCCAGCUUUCAGCAAACCUUGCACUGUACACUGCUGAAUCCAGACCCCAAGUGCCGCCCACCACUGUCCAGCCUGUUGUCACAUGAGUUCUUCAGGAAUGAUUUUCUGGAAGUUGUGAAUUUUCUGAAGACCUUAACACUAAAGUCUGAAGAGGAGAAAACUGAAUUUUUCAAAUUCCUGCUGGACAGGGUGGCUGGCUUGUCAGAGGAGCUGAUAGCAUCACGGCUGGUGCCUCUCCUGCUCAAUCAGCUCGUGUUUGCAGAACCUGUGGCUGUCAAGAGUUUUCUUCCUCAUCUGCUGGGCCCAAAGAAAGAGCAAAGUGGGGAGAGCCAGACCAGCUGCCUGCUGUCACCAGCCCUGUUCCAGGCCCACGUGAUCCCUGUGCUGCUGAAGCUCUUUGAGGUGCACGAGGAGCACGUGAGGAUGGUGCUGCUGUCUCACAUCCACGCCUACGCCGAGCUGUUCUCUCGGGAGGAGCUGAAGAACAUCAUACUGCCACAGGUGUUGCUGGGCCUGCGGGACACCAGUGACUCCAUCGUGGCCAUAACCCUGCACAGCCUGGCUGUCCUCGUCUCCCUGCUUGGGCCUGAAGUGGUUGUAGGUGGAGAAAGAACAAAGAUCUUCAAAAGCUCUGCUCCAAGUUUCAUGAAAACUGCUGAUCUCUCCCCAGAAGGUUCCCCCAGUCAUGGCAUGAUCAAUCAGAGAAACCAAACCUCUCAGCCCCUGAAGAGCAGUCCCAGCUCGUUCUCCAGCUCUGCAAAUGCACCUGGAAAAAACCUUCCUGUGCCACAGGACAAUCCCCUGGCUUCACAGACAGGUGAGCAGGGCCCUCAGCCCCCCCUGAAUGGAAUUCCUGGAAGCACUGAUGCACUGGGGAGCAGCAGGAGCUCUUUGACUACCUCGGAAAAGCCAGCAGAGGAGUGGCCAGACUGGAGUGAGCCAGAGGAGGCAGACACUGAGAAAACUGUGAACAUUGAAAUCCAGCCCCGGGAGCUGCGGGGCAGCACGGGACCUUAUUUUGCUGAUCAUGAUUUGGAUGAGAAGCCUUGGGAUGACUUUGAAGCCAGGAGCCCCAGUCAUAAACUGUCCUCAGGAAACUGCCCCACUGUGACACAGGCUGAUGCAGCUGAAAGUGAAAGGCCUCUGCCAGGUACCCAUCAACUGAGCAAAGAAUUCAACAGCCUCACACUGAGUGCCCCCACAAAGCCUUGCCACGGGAACAGCUGGAGCAAUGCCAAGUGGGACCAGGAGGAACAACUGGGAGAAACUGUGUUGCCAAAAACCUUUCAGGAAAGGCUGAAGUCUUCAUCAGAGUCUGGCCUGGGAGAAGAAUUCACGAUCAAAGUGAAGAGGAAACCAGUGCAAGACCCAGAGCUGGACUGGUUUGCUGACAUGAUCCCAGACAUUAAACCUUCUUCCUCCCUCUUGAUUUUACCUGAGGCAAGGACAGAAGCAGUUAUUCCCACUGACUCAGGUGGGGUGUCCAGCAGAGAAGGGGCCUCCCAGCCUGUGCUGUUCUCAUCCAAAUUUGCAGCAGCUGAUGUGAUUGAGGCUGAAGCUACAGGCUGGGGUGAAGAAGAGGAGUUGAACUGGGAAGAUGAUACAAACUGGUAACAGUUCUGAAGGAGACCAAGGCAAUUUCUGGUGUGUUGGAUCCUGUGACAGGAGCUGCUGCUUCCCCAGUGCAAUGGCUAAAGUACCUCAGUGCUGCUUUUGCCACAAGGCAGGCACUUGCUGCACAGCCACAAGAGCCUGUGGGGCCUGAGCUCUUGCAGGGAUGCUCCUUCCCAGUCUGUGCCAAAAGCUGCAGGGGUGAGCCUGCACUCCAGCACUGUGCCCAGCUGUGGUGCUGCCACUGCUCCCAGAGAGGACAGCGUGAUGGUGGUGAUGGUGCUGAUGUGCUACUGGAGGCCAAGAGUGGUGGAGGAGAUUGAGCCAGAACUCACCCCUUCCCUGGAAACUGCUGACAAUAAAUGAAAGUCACACUGAGCUUCUUGGUUAAUGUGCCUUUUUCCUUUGGUUUUCCUGUUUGGUUUUUUCCUUUCCCAGAAAAAUAAAGCCCUUAGAAAUGGCUCCUUUUAACUUUUCAGCAAAGAGAUGAUUUUAAGAUGAAUGUACAGUUUAUUCAACUUAUUUAUUUCUGUUUGUAUAGUUCUGUCAAUGGAUGGCACAAGAGGUGCUAGGAACCAUACAGUGAACGACCACAAACUGCUUAAGCACCAUGUUCUUUCUGCUCUUAACUGUGACCAAUAAAGAUUAUUUUUAAAGAAUCA